CAGCACUCGUAUGCCCGGUGUCUCAUUGUGUGCUGUUGCUGUUGCUCUGACCCUUCGAGUGUGUUUGCUUCAGCGCGAGAGUAGAUGCAGAGCAAUCCGAACAAGUGAAACGACUGGCUGAGCGAGCGGUGCCAGAUCGACGACGGACAGUUGGCGAGCCGAGAGCGCGCGAGAGAGACGGGGACAGCGAACUGAUAAAUACGCCGCAGUUGUUGAGCAGCGCGAGUGUGGCCUAUAUACCUGCCGUCCUUGGAGCGAGGGGCGUGCGUGUCAGUGUGUGUUUCGGUGCAUUCGCAGACUUCCCAGCAGCUCGUUGUUAGCGUCACUGUUGCGGUGACGCCGUUUCGAGGAGUCGUCGUCGUAACGCACCCACGACGGUGUCGGCGACCUGCGCGGAGAGCGAGUGUGUAGGAAGGGGCGCGAAUGUCCACGGCGGCACCGACCCCCCGCAGCCACCAGUAAUGCCCGUGCCCGCCGCUCGCAACUUGCCCUCGCCCACCGAUCCGCAGUCCUUCUUCCACUACCCGCCGUCGGCCCCGGACAAGCCCUCGCCCUCGCCCGUGGCCGCGCCGCUGGAGAAGGCGAAGGGCCACGAUGACGUGUCGGUGACCACGCUGCCCCCCAGCCCCAUCGUCCACCCGUACACCUCGUGCCCGUCGCCCAUCUUCCAGCUGGAGUUCCCGCACGACCUGGAGUGCCUGACGCCCAGCCCGGACCCGAGUCGGUCCGCCACUCCCGACGGGUUCCGCCACUUCCUGCAGGUGUCUCUCUCCAGGUCUCCCUCCCCAAGCCUCCCCUUCCCUCCCCCGCCGGCCUCCAGGUCCCCGUCGCCUUCCAACCUGGGCCUUCCCUCUCCAGGGGACGUCCACGGCCGGGACUCGGCCUGGUCUCCCUGGUCGUGGGCCAUCAAGCAGCCGCCCCCGGCUGCUGACUGCCAGUCCCCACCCAGCUACGCCCACUCCCAAGGCACCUCCACCUCCACUUCCUGCCGUGCCUCCACUCUCUCCCCCGACACGUCCUUAUCCACCUCCACCUCAGCCUCCAACAACACCUCCAGCAACCCUUACAGAAGCGAGAAUUACACCUCCUCCUACCACACGUGCACCUCGUCGUCCGCCUCGCAGGCCCUCGAGCCCCCUCACUUCUCCUGUGGUUCAGCAUCCUCUAAUCCUCCGUCCAGUCGCUCGGCCUCCACCGACCCCGCCGUGCCAGCGCCUAAGCCCGCGCGCCCGACUUCCAUAUCUCUGAAGCCUUCCGUCACUCUCGGGCACCCGAAGCCUUCCUCCGAUUCCUGCUCGAUCCCCGUCUCCCCGACUGCGGCAGCGGCGACGGCGGAUUCAGGAAGGGUCGAGGUGCUCACCGGGCGGGACCUGCUGCUCGGCAGGUGGUUCGGCUGCGGCCGGACGGCAGGGAUGAUCGGCAUGCUCUUCUCUGCCGUUGGGAACUGCAUGCGGACGGUGGAACCGGCGCAGCGUAACCUCAUCGAUGAACCGGAGCUGGUGCACGAGGCGCGGGAGGACAUGUCGCCCGGUUCUCCCCCCUCUCAGAGGAGCGGCGGGGUGGCGCGCGAGAAGCAGGUAAGCCGCGCCCCGAGGCCCGAGCCCGACGGCGCGCUGCAGGAGCGGGAGGCGUGGGGUAGAAACCGAGACGAGGAUAUAUGCAUCAUUGAAGAAUACUGCGACGUGGAGGAGGAGCUCCCCCAGCACCCGACGCACUCUGUCCCCGGCGUCCACCUCCCCCACGACAACCCGCGCCACGGAACCAACAACAAAAACAAUAACAACAGUAAGAUCAUCAACAACAACAACGCCUCCACGAAGCUGGGGAAGUUCGCUUCGGCUGUGAAGGGCUCUGCCUCGCGGCGCCCCUUGGUGCUGCUCAUCGGGGAGUCGCUCAGGACCGCGCGGGCCAACAAACGCUCCAGGUCCUCCUCAGGUAGGUGCUGA